AUGGCGUUGAAUCUUUUGGGAUUAUGUUAUCAAAGAUCUUUAGGAACAAGUAUUAAUUAUGCUGAGGCGUUUAAAUCAUUUCUCCAAGCAGCUAAAAUGGGUUUACCAGAAUCACAAUAUAGGCUUGGAAACUGCUAUGAGUUUGCUGAAGGAACAAAAAGAGAUUUGGAACAAGCAAUGCAUUGGUAUCAAAUGGCUAUAGAUAAUAACCAUCAAUGUUAUAUAGAUUUAAAGCGA